AUGAAACAAACCAUCCGUCGAUUGCAAGACGAAUUGGAUAAUACUACUCAAUUACUUGAAUCCAUUCGUAGUAAAGGUGCUGAUCUGACUCAAUUAACAAAUUUUCUUGAUGGUACACUCAAUCAUAUCCGUUCAACUGAUUCAUCAACAUCGACGUCAUCACCCGCACCAACCGGAACGACAACCUGUCCAGAAUGUCGGCAGUUGAAGAGCGCGCUUGUAUUGGAGUUAACUGGCAAGGAACGUUUUCGAUUUGGUUAUGAGCAACUUUCAUCCAUGGUCAAAGAAGCAGCUCCGAUCCUCCGACGACAAAAACAAGACUACGAAGCGUCAUUUGAAGUUAUCGCUAAAUUGACAAGUGAACUAAACGAUGCGAGAAAAGAAUUGUCCGAUUUACAUCAGUUAUCUGGAGAAAGUAUUGAAAACUAUCAAUAUAUUCAACGAGAAAAUCAAUUCUUGAACAAUGAUAACAAAUCUUUAUCUACAAAGAUUCAAGUUCUUCUGUCUGAAAUUGAAGAAUUGCGCACUGGUAAACGCUUACCGGAACGUGAAAUAUCACCGGAAUUCGAUCCUAAUCAACAAGUGCCGCUUACAUUUCGAAAUGUCGUUGAACUUCAACAUGUUAAUCAAAAAUUAGAUAAAUUAGUUCGCGAAAUGCGUGCACAAACGAAUGCCGAUGAUGAAGAUCUUAAUCGAACGAGAUUUGACGAACUCAAAAAGGAACAUCAGCAACAACAAGACAAGUUAAAAGAAACACGAAAUCAACUAGACGCUCUAGAAACUCAAAUGGCAUCACUUAUACAAGAACGAGAUUUCCUUCGUUUAUUAGUAUCACGUUCAUCGUCGUCGCAAUCCACAUCAUCAAAUAAUCCAUCGGUUGAUAUUCAUCAAUUGGAAAAUCUUCGCGAUCAAGUUAAUCGUCUUCAAGAAAAAAACGACACUUUAACUAAAAAGAAUACACAAUUAAUCAAUGAAAAGGAAGAUCUUACCAGAACGUCGAAUGAGAAGAUUCGGUCAGUUCAAUAUGAACUCUUAACAGCCCGUACAGAAGUUGAACAAACGACUGAAAAAUUAAAUGUAAUCAAUGAUGAACAAGCAACGAAUCGAUUGACUAUAGCUUCACUUCGAACGGAAAUUAAUGGUUGGCAAGAACGGCAUAAUAUGGUCGUACAGAUCCGAAAUAAACAAGAACAGCAAUAUUUCAAUGUUUUGACGGAAUUGCGUCAAUUGAAAGAUGAAAAAGCGUCAUUGGAAUGUCGUUUAGCUGCGUUGGAAAACGAACGUAAAUUUGACAAUAUCAAAUGCGAACAAUUAGAAAAUGAAUGCAUGUUAUUAAAGAGUGAAAUUAAUAAAAAUGAACAGAUUCAGCCAAUGAUUGAAAAACUUCAAAAUUUAGCAGAAUUCACGAAAGAGAAAACGAAAGCCAUGUUUGAAGCGAAAUUAAAUGACCUAACUGCUCAAAAUGAACAGCUACGUCAACGAAUCGAACAAAACGAACGUGAAAAAGAAUUAGCAGAACGUGCACAUCAAUCACGUUUAGAUGAAAUUUCACAAAAUCUUCAACAAGAGAAAGCCAACAGUUCAGACACACGAACGAAAUUUCUUGCAGAAAAGGAAAAAGCUGAACAAUUACAACGACAAUUGAAUGAAAUCGAGUUGAAAGCAAAUGCGAACACAAAUCCGAAGACUGAUUUCGAACAACAAUUGGGAGAUUAUGAGAAAGAAAUCAAAAUGCUUCGAGUGAAACUCGAUGCAGCCAAUAAUGAAUUAGAGUUGAAACAAACAUUAAUCCAAUCGAAUAUUGAUAAUGCUAAUCAAUUGAAUGUCAAUGAACAAAGAGCAACUGAAGAAUUGGAGAAACUCAAACAAGCCCACACGCAAAAGUCAUACGAUUAUGAAAGUGAAAUAGAACGACUCAAACAAGAAAUUCUCAAUCAUCAAUCAUUGGUCAAUCAACACGAAGAAAGUAUUCGUUCGUUAAAUGAGCAAAUCCAAAUGACUAAUGAACAACACCAAACUGAAUUAAUCCAAUCUAAUGAACGAUAUGAUGAGAUUCUCAACGAAAAGAAUCAAGCUCUACAACAGCUGCAAAGUGUUGAACAAACAUUGACUGAAAAUGAACAACUGAAAGAGAAACUAAAUGAGUUGGAAGCAACACUUGAGCAACAACAAAUCAAUUAUAAUGAUAUGGAACAACGCUUGAACGAACUCCUUCAACAAAUAGCAAAUCUCCAAAAUGAAAAUGAACGACUGAUUGGACAGAUUCAACAAUAUGAUACAACAAUUCUACAAAAAGAUGAUAUGCUCAAAGCUCAACAGGAUUUGGUACAACAAGUGGAAGAACGCUAUGCGCAAUUGGAAGAGAAACACAAGGAACAACACACGCUAAUGAUGAAGCUAUCAACACAUUUGGCUGCGAAAGAAAGUGAAUCAAUGGCUGCAACAACCGACUCAUCAGUGAAUGAAACAUGGAAUAGUAUAUUAGCAACGAAUAAUUACGUUCGUGUUGAAAAUGCGCGUUUGAUUGAAGAUGUCGAACGUAUUCGCAUGGAAAAUGCUCAUCUCACAGAACGCAGUAAUACAUUAGAACAAAACUAUAUCAAUGACCAGCAAGUUAUCGAAGAGCUCACCUUGAAAAAUCAAUCAUUGCAAACAUUACAAGAUCGAUUUGAUAAUGAUCAACAGCAGAUCAGCGAAUUACAAUCGAAAUGUGAACUGUAUGAACAAGAUAAACAAAAGAGUCAGCAAGAACAUCAAGCUUUUCAAACGAAGAUUGAACAAUUGAACCAACAGAAUCAAUUGUUUAAUAAUCAGAUUAAACAAGCAGAAGACAAAGCACGUGCGAAAGACGAACAAUUAACUGUUAAAACAGCUGAGAUAGAACGACAAGCCCGAGAAACAGAAGAUCUCAAAGCGAACAUUAAAAAACUGGAAAGCGAAAAUCAAGAACUGAAGCAAAUGACUACUAAAUUGAGAAAUAUUGCCCUUAAAUACAAGAACGCUAAUGCAGCCGCUCCAGCGCCAAUUCCAACUCCAACCCCGGCCAUUACCACACCCACAACAUCGGCGGAUACAGAUGAUUUGUUAUCGACAGGACCAGCCGACGCUGCCCCUGCAGCUGCAGCAACAGCCGAAGCCAAUAAAAAUCGACCGUUACCUGGUGAUCUGACCGAAAAAAUGACUAAACUCCGCGAAGCACUUGUGGCAGCACGAACUCGAAUGGCAGCACAACAAAGUCGUAUAACUCAAUUGACAAUUGACCUAGCAAACGCCAAACAAUCUCGUAUAUCUGCUGAUUUGACAGAAGUUCACAGUCUUGUUGAUAGCAUUCGACAAACAUACGAAUACGAGAUCAAUGAUCUCAAAAAUAUCAUUCAAUUAUUUGAUAAUACAGAUUCCAAUGAACAUAUGGCAGAAAUUGUACGAUUGCGAAAAAGAGUUGAUGAAUUAUUAGCAAAUAAGCCAGCACCAUCAUCAUCUGCUGUUGCAUCGUCGACUGCCAAGCAGUCGGAAGAUGUUACACCAAAGCCUGCACGUCCACAAGCAAUUGCUGCUCCGAUGACUCAGGAUCCGCCAGCAAUCUCUCGUGUUGCUCCGAUGGCUCCAGCAACUGGCCGUCAAAUUGGCGUUGCCAUUCCAAUGACAGCGCCCGUAACAUCUGCUGUCACUACUGCACCCAUGUGGACCACUGCUGCCUCAUCAGAAACGAUUAGUACUCAAGCUACAACUCCUGUGGAUCAUCCUACAACACAAAUAUCCACACCCGCUGGCGUUAAUCUGUUGAUGAAACGUACACGAACUGAUGAUAGUGAACACAAAUCUACGGAGUCAAUUUUAAAGCGACCUAAACCAGAAACAGAGACUUCGCUGUUGAUUGCGCAUGUUGAACCACAAGUACGUGAGCACCAACACCAACAGCAAACUCCUGUUCAAGACCAACAUACAUCUGCCCAAGAAAUUAGGGAGUCAAACGCUAUGGAACUCUCAAGAACAGAUGUGACACCAAUUGAUACUGAGGCAAUCGCAAGUUCUAUGGAAGAACACAUGCCAACUGAUUCAUCAGCUGAAAUAGAUUCUCGAUUGAAUACUCCACCUGCAAGUGUUGUUGGACCUAAUGAAAUAAGUACAGCAGCUACAACAACUACAACCGAGUCGAGUAGUAUUCCGACUACGGCUGAACAAAUGAAUGAUCAACGUCGUGAAAUUUCACCCAUCGUCUAUGAUGUUCACACUAUUUCAACUAUUGGCGGUAAUAGCAUACCUCCUGUCAAUCGCGGUGGCAUAGGUCGUCAGCGUCCGUUUACCAGUGUUCCAGGCAUGCGUCGACCAUGGUCAGCACGCGGCGGUAUCGGCGGUGGAAGAGGCUUUGGUGGACGAGGAACUGGUGGUCCGGGCGGUGUUGGCCCGUCAGCUCGUCAAUAG